CUUAAUAAAAGACUUAAAAAUUAUAAGAAAUUUUUAAUCCUGAAUAAUGAAUGUGUAUUUAUGGUGCUAUUUUUUUACGUUUGUUUUUGCAGCUUUAGAAAAUAAACAUAAAGAUUCAAAAAAAAACCUACCAGUUGUCUUAUGGCAUGGUCUUGGAGAUAGUUAUGACAUAGGGGAGAUUAUGGAAUUAUCGGAAAUUUUAUCAGAGACAUUAGAUGUAUAUGUACAUUCAGUAUAUCUUGAUAAAAAUUCGUUAAAUGAUAGAAAGAAUGGGUUUUUUGGCAAUGUUAAUAAACAGAUUGAAUUGGUAGCAGAGCAAUUAUCAAAUGAAACUAGAUUAUCAGAAGGAUUUAAUGCAAUUGGGUUUAGUCAAGGUGGAUUGUUUAUGAGAGCGUAUAUUGAACGAUAUAAUAAUCCUCCUGUUUCUAAUCUAAUUACAUUUGGUACACCACAUUAUGGAAUAUCUAGUUUUUAUUGUCCAUCUGAUGUUUAUAUUUGUAAAAUGCUGGAUUAUUUUAUGAAAUAUAGUAUAUGGUCUAAUUGGAUCAAAGAAAAUAUUGUUAUUGCACAAUAUUAUAGGGAUACUAGUGAUAUGGAAGAAUAUCUUCAACAUAAUCAUUUUUUACCUGAUAUUAAUAAUGAAAAGAAAAUUAAAAAUGCUACAUAUGCUAAAAAUCUUGGGUCAUUAAGUGGCUUUAUUAUGGUUGAAUUUGAAAAUGAUCAUGUAAUUAUACCUAAAGGAAGCUCUCAUUUUAAUGAUUAUAAUAAAACUGAGGAAAGAGUUAUUUAUCUAAGGGACACUGCAAUGUAUAAAGAAGAUUGGCUAGGCCUUAAAUAUCUUGAUGGUAAGGAGGCACUUGUAGAAAUAACGGUUCCAGGAGAACAUAUGGAAAUAGAUUAUGAAACUUUUAUGUACAUCGUUAAAAAAUAUUUCGUAAAUUCUACGAAAUCUGAACACAUAGUUCAGUGGCAGACAGAAGAUAACCUCCAAAGAAAUUAGAAUUUUAAAAUAUAUAUUUAACGA